AAAAAAUUAAACAUUUACUCAUGCGGAUCUGUUUUUCUCUGUUUGACAGACGUCGCCCCUGCUCUCCUGCUCCUCGUGCUCAGCUGUCCUCUGUGGCAGGUCAGCAAGUCUCUGCCAAUGAUGAGCAGAGGGCCGAUGACCGACUCCUGUGCCUCACAUGCACGGACACUUCUACAGAACAUCACUGGCGCUCUCACACAGAAUAACCUGUUCAGUGGAAUUAACUGCUCAAAGCAGAGUGUGGAGCUGAACAUGGAGACCAACACACCGUCAGUGUGCGCACCAAAGGAAUCAACAUGCACGGGAAUCAAGAAAUCAGAAUUUGAUGAGAAGUCGUGUCUGAAAAACAUUGGGGAGGAUUUGCACCACUACUACAAAUUUCUCGUAGCUCAGCCGGACCCCGACAGUUUGCUUGGUCCAACUGUUCUGUUCAGCCUCAGAGAAUUCAUGGAGAACUGCUUCCCACAGUCUCUGUCCGCAGACUUGACCUCAAAGUGGGCUGCUGCAGACGGUACCAGCACCUACGAUGAAAGACUGAGCCUCUGCAAAGUGCUGAAGGGCUUCCAGGUCCGCACCAUCACGAUCAACAGAGUCAUUGGAUACAUGAUCUCUGGGGAGCACACUAAAUAAAUCAACACAACGAUAGUUUCAGAAAGCUAUACAGAACCACUUUACACACAAAUUAUAUAAACUACAGUGACGGAUAGUGUUACAAUCCGAUAAUCUAGUUGGCAGAAAACACUUCAGUCUACUUUAUACAUUUUUAAGGGUACAUAUUUAUUAUUUUCUAUGUGGUCAUGUUAUUUAUAUUUCACAUCAAGAUGGUGUGUUUAAUUUCUUUUUAUAGUGUAUUAACAGAUUUUAUACUGUUUAUUCAUAAACAUUUUUGUAUUUAUUUCUGGACUAUUUAUUUUUAACUAUUUAUUGUUGAUAUUUACUUGGUUCUGAGAAUCAUCAAAUAAACUUCUUUUU